AUGUAAAAAUAAAAAUGGAUCGGUCAAGCAAAAAAGGGUCGAAAAUGGCCUGUUGUUUCCCUGUUAUCCUUGACCGAUCCAUGAGAAGCAGCUUCAAGCUAUCUAAGAGCUCUUCUUCUAAUAAACUCAAUAAAAGCAAGAGCUCUAUAUGUUCACCAACAUCUCUAUCGAUGAAGAAAAAUUCAGUCCAGGAAAAUGAUCACCUGGUUGUAUGUUUUGGGGAGCUGUUGAUAGAUUUUGUGCCUACAGCAUCUGGAGUUUCACUUGCAGAAGCACCUGGUUUUAAAAAGGCUCCUGGUGGGGCUCCAGCUAAUGUUGCAGUUGGUAUUGCAAGAUUAGGAGGUUCUUCCGCCUUUAUUGGCAAGGUGGGUGCAGACGAGUUUGGUUACAUGUUAGCUGAUAUAUUAAAACAGAACAAUGUCGAUAAUUCUGGUAUGCGUUUUGAUACUCAUGCUAGAACAGCAUUGGCGUUUGUUACAUUGAAAGCAGAUGGUGAGAGAGAAUUCAUGUUUUUCCGCAAUCCAAGUGCUGAUAUGCUUCUAACUGAGGCAGAACUCGACAAAAAUCUCAUUCAAAAGGCAAGAAUCUUUCACUAUGGUUCAAUCUCUUUGAUUGCUGAACCAUGUAGGUCAGCUCAUCUUGCUGCCAUGGAGACUGCUAAAAAUGCAGGCUGCAUUCUUUCUUACGACCCAAAUCUAAGGUUGCCCUUAUGGCCAUCCGCCGAGGCUGCUCGAGAAGGAAUUUUAAGCAUUUGGGACCAAGCUGACAUUAUUAAGGUAAGUGAAGAUGAAAUCACAUUUUUAACAAAUGGUGAAGAUGCUUAUGAUGACAAUGUGGUCAUGACUAAGCUUUUCCACUCCAACCUUAAACUUUUGCUCGUAACUGAAGGCGGAGACGGUUGCAGAUACUAUACUAAGAAUUUUCAUGGAAGAGUGAAUGGCGUUAAAGUUACAGCAGUUGACACCACAGGAGCAGGUGAUGCAUUUGUUGGUGGACUUCUCAACAGUAUGGCCUCAGAUCCAGACAUUUACAUGGAUGAGAAGAAAUUAAGGGAUGCACUCCUAUUUGCUAACGGAUGUGGAGCAAUAACUGUAACAGAAAAAGGAGCAAUUCCUGCAUUGCCUACAAAAGAAGCAGUACUUAAAAUCUUGGAUGGUGCCACUGCUAAUUGAUCAAAUGAUACAUGCACCCC